AGCGCGCAAACACGUCCCUGCGUAAACUGUUUUUCAUCACGCUCCGAACUAGAACCUCAGUCAAGAGUGUGCUCGGUUUGGGUACUACGGCUGAAGUCCUCUUGGUGACGCUCUGCUGACAUCACUCUGAUAUUCCCCACUCGGCUCCUCGCACCAAACACACGGCGCUCCGCCGACUCUCUCACACACUCCCUCCACACUUUAGUUUCUGCUUCGCUCCGCUUUCUGCGGUCACGCCGAAUCCAUCGGACGCAACCUGCCGCGGGCUACCUGUGCGCUGCGGCCAGACCACAACGGGGAGGGGUUAGACUCUUCCUGUCAUUAAAGACAUUCAGAGGGGGGGAGACAGGGAAACUGAGCGCGGUCCGGAUUCAGGAGGACAUGCAGAGAAGGCACGAGAAGCUGCAACUUGACUGAUUUCAACCCUGAAGACCUGAACUGAGCUCUUAAAAGUUUCCUCACGGGUCAGAGAAGGAAUAACCUGGAGCCCGGUGUUCCGGCUGCGGCACAUCAUCACGCUGUUGUGGAUUUUAGCGUCCACCUUGUCUGCUGUUGAGAAGAAUGGCGACAGAUUACGUCGCGCACCGCCGGGUCUCUCCGGUGACAAACACUUGGCUGGUGGCAGCAACAAUCAUCCUUGCAGCCCAAGGUAUUGUUGCUCAGAAGGUGCGAGUCGAGGAGACGCUGGAGGCGUAUCCCGCAGAGUCGGUUGAUCUGCGUUGCCAGUUUGUUGAUGGAGGAGGGACCAAGCUCACACAGGUGUCUUGGAUAUGGGAACCUGUUGAUGGCCAGAGGGACAACAUUGCUGUGUUCCAUCCAACUUACGGACAGAGUUUCCCCAACUUGUCAUUCAAGGAUCGAGUUGUGUUUCUUCAAAACACUCUGGAGAACCCGUCCAUAAGGAUUAGCAACCUGAGGAUGUCCGAUGCUGGCCGCUACACCUGCGAGUACGCCACUUACCCUUCUGGAAAUGAACAAGGGACAACCACUCUCAUCAUGCUUGCCAAGCCCAAGAACUCAGCCAACGCUGUGACGGUCCAGGUCGGCAGCAAGUCGGUGGUGGUGGCCAAGUGUGAGGCAGCGGACGGGAAACCGGCAGCCAGCAUCAAGUGGUUGGCGACGGUCGGAGGCAAUCACUCGAUGAGCACCACCAACGGGCCAGACGGCACGGUGACGGUACGCAGCGAGUACCGGCUGGUCCCCACAGCGGCGGAUGACGGCAAGGAGGUGACCUGCAUGGUGGAGCAGAAGACGCAGGAGCGGCCGUGGGUUCAGUCUCUCAAGCUUUCUGUGGAGUACCCGCCCUCUGUGUACAUAGAGGGCUACGACAGCAACUGGUACGUCGGCCGCUCUGAUGUCGUGCUGCUGUGCCAGGCCACCGGCAACCCUGCGCCCAGCACCAUCACCUGGACUUUGGCUUCUGGUCCUUUGCCAGAAACAGUUGUGGUGGAGAACAACAAGCUGACAGUGAGGAAGGUGGAUUACUCCGUCAACACCACCUUCAUCUGCGAGGCCAAGAACAAGCAUGGAGCCAGCAGGCAACAGCUCUCCACCUUUGUCACUGAAGAAGAGCGAAAAAUGGUCCAAGGGCCUCAAACUGGUGCCGUAAUAGGUGGUAUCCUUGGUGCUCUUCUGUUCAUCGGGCUCAUCGUUGGCGUUAUCUUCUUCAUCCGCAAGCUCCAGCAGGAUGUAGAGGGCCCACCAAAGCACAAGCCCCCUCCCCCUGUGAAGGCAGGCAGCUCAACAGAGAUGCUGAACAAGCCGUCAGAGCCGCCCACAGCCACAGAAACGGCGCCUCUGAGCCCAGGAGAGGUUUACUACGAGCCUACCGGGGGAGAGCCUGUCACAAACCUGGAUGAUGAGAGCUCCGGAGCCCUGAACGGUGGAGCCCCUCCAGUCCUGGACAACUCAGCCAGAGAGUUCAACGACGCAGCUGCUGGUCACCACAACGACUUGGAUUCAUCCAAUCAUGAGCUGCCAGCUGCUAACAUUUCUCGCGGGGAGAGCUUUGUUUCUUCCGCCAUGUAUGUGUAACAGUAGCAACCGGAACAUCAUAUCACAGGUGUACAGCAGGUUCCAGGUCACCUAAAUUAGCAUGAACAGCAGAAGUGAGCCCAUCUGGUUUAACAUUUUGUUAUACUUAAAACUUUAAAGUUUUAGCCUGUUGGUAUAUGUGUUGAGAUUUUACUUCACUGUCUGGUUUGUUUAGUCGGUGUUAUGGUUUAUAAACUGAUUAUUUUCUGGCUUGGGGCUUGGGAUUAUUGAGGCAUAGAUUUCUUAACAACAAUAACACAGCUUUAUUUUUUUUUCUUUCUUUCUUAUUUUUGUAAAUUUUGCACAAUUUGGUGUGAUUACAUUGCAAGCUUUCAAAGUUGUUCAGGACUGACACACAUAUGGCACAUAGCCAUUGAAAUCAUAUGUUUACUGCAUAAGAUGAGGCAGGCUUGGUACAGUGUGUGUUCGUCUAAGGGUGUUGCAAUGUAGGUGAACUGGAAAGUUAAAUCAAUACACACAACUGCUUUUGUGAUGCUUUAAAAUCAACAUUUCCACCAAAAACAAUAAAUACGACAGCUGUUUGGAGGGUUCGGUAUGAAAUAUUAUAUGCAACAUUUUGUGCCAUGAACAUUCAACAUUUUAAAUUCAGUGUUAGUACAUGUGAGGCUGCCAGGCUUGAGAUCCCUGUUUCAAUGCUCUUGUUGCAACCUAAGGAGCAGAGUCCUGCAGAGAGAGAGUAAAAAUACAUCCUUUGAAGUCCUUUCUAAGUACUUUCCCCUUUUUAGUUGAGUUUAAAUAACAUAAAGCUGAAUUCUGAGGAAGUCCACACUCUGAUCAUGAGUCUCCAAGCAGCUUUAAUUAAUCGCUCCAGAGACUUUGAAAAUAUUUCAGCUCUGACAAUAACACCUUUCACAUCGAAGCCCAAGAUUCAGUCCAAAAGAGAGACGUUCAGCUUUGUUAUGUCGUCAGAGAACCGGAUUUUUCCCUGAACCGCAGCAGCUGUCAGACUGAUAGGAGGCUUGUUAGCACUAACAAAGGGGGACAUGACAUGAUUUGACGCUCUGUGACCUGGCAACAUCACAUGAUUGGGAUUCUGUGAUUCAUAGUGGAUGCUUUUGAUCGCAGGAGCUGGUAAUUCGAUGCAUUAAAGAGGUGAAAAUGAGCUUACAGCAAAGCACACACCGCAGGGUUUGUGAAAAAAAAAAACACACACAAGUGCACCAAUUUUUGUUUCAGUCCUUCUCUAAUAAGUCACAAUAAUACAAAUUAUGCAAAUGCUAGAAGUACUCAGAGAGCGCGGACUUCCAACGAGACACUGUAAUUUUAUUUUUUACUUUUUGCCAAUGAUUGUGGGCAUUAGCUUUUUUUUUUUAGUUAGAAGCUGUAAUGGCAAAGUUAUCCCUAUCUCCACAUAGUAAAGAAUCCUUUAACAAAUUCCUGGAUCCAGGCGGUGAUCCGGAUCACCCCCAAAAUCUAAUCACUUGUCCCUGUUUCUGAGAUUUCCUGAAAAGUUCAUCAAAAUGCAUCCAUUACUUUUUGAUUCAUAUUGCUGACAGACAGACCCACGCCUCUGAACACGAGGUAAUAAUUGUGCAAAAUGUGCAAAUGUUCAGCAUAUGUUAUAGAAUUACUGCCAUUAGACUCUAAUAUAUGCUGACGAUGUUGCACAUCUACUCGGAAAAAGUGAAAUUUUGGAAAAAAAUUUACCCUCCAGCUUCUUCGUGUCUGAAACAAAAAUUGGUUUCCGCAGAUGUCACAUGGUACCAAAUGAUAAUGUAAAUAGUAUUGAUAAUAAUAUAUUGUUGGUGAAAUGUGUAUACAUAAAAAAUAAACAAGUGUAAGUGUUAUCAGUGCCUCUGUACAGGGAUGGAGGUUCGUUAAAUGUCAUACGAACAACUAAAAAAAAAAAAGUGUAUAUUAAUAUUUUGCUUUUCACAAGUACAUCAAAGUUGUCACUUAAUACUAAAAUGUUUUGAGUAUCUAAAAAGUUAUAUGGUGUGGAUUUUACUCAUAUUGCUCUGCAUGGCAUGUUCAGUGGCUUGUAGAAACUUUCCCAAGACUGAAAAUCUUCAUUUGUGAAAGCAUUUCUGAAUCUCAGAAAAGGAAGCUGCCUCCUUUUUUUCAUCUAUUAAUGUAUCUGUCAUAAUCAUAAAUGGGACAAGCUCAGAUCUAAACUAAGUUAAGAGACUAUUCUUUCUUUUCAGUUUUCUUCAUUGUGUUGCAUCUUGUGAAGCUGCUCAUGCUGCUUGUUUUUGUCUUCAGCAUUAACCUAAAAGUGCAGCUGGUAUGGAACUUGUCUGUCAUCUCACACAGAUGCACAAAUGCAAUCUUUCCUCACACCAUGCUUUAUUGUAUGAUCCUGAGUUAUCAUGCUGGCUGCAGGAAAAAAGGCUGGGGCUGAGCGUGCAUGUUAAAAUCACCCGCUAGCUAUUUGUAAAGGAGGUGUGAAACAUGAGAAAUUUAAUUCUUUCACUCUCUGUGCAGUAGGCUCCAAAUGGAAUUAAUUGGCUUUUUUAUUUUUUAAAUGUGGAAAUCAUGCCAAUUUACAGCUGUUUUCUUUUUUUUUUUUAAUUCCAGCCAAGUUUCAAAGCAAAAUGUUAAAUAGUCAUAAAACAUAAAACUUUUUAUUACAUCUUUAUUUUCUUCGUUCCACCAGUAAUGUGUUUUCAGUCAGAUAUGUUUGGCCGAGGAGGCAGGAUUCAUCACCUAAUCCAGAAAAAUAUAUUUUCAUGAUUUUUUCCUAAACUUAAAACGAACCAUCUGAUUUAAAAAUCAUGCAUAAACAACAAGUUACUACCCAUGCAAUAUUAAAAAUCCAAAUUUGGCAUUAUCUCAUGGAGAGAAACUGAUUUUGGGCAUGUCUGUGCACCAAAACCCACUUUAUCCUCCAGAGGAUCGCGAACAUCGCAAUGCGCUGGGGUUACCUUUGGGAGCCACUGCUAUAAACCAAUUAAUUUUUAAUAUAAACAGCUACAAAACAGCAGGGGAAUUCAACAUCUCAAAGUACAGCUGCUUAAAGCAACAUUACAAAACUUUCCAGCCUUAAAACGCUGCUUCUAACUCAUUUUGCUGCAUGAGAAACCACACUAAACGUUUUCCAUGCUUUUUCUAAUCCUGCCUCAGAGUGUGGCUGCUUACUUUUUCCUUUAUGCCAGCAGCUGGAUAUUUGAUGAUGGAUCUUGAAUUAGCUUCAUUAAGGCACUCCAAAGUAUAAAAAUGUUCCAAGUUCAGUUGAGUGGCUUUAAAAACGUUGGUGCUCAGCAUAGACAACAUAUUCAGUUUAAACAUCAUGUUUGUAGCUCCACCAUCGAGUCCCCCAACCUCCAACCCUUUACUGCCUGUUAAAUCUGACCAAGCCAUAAUUUUGGGACCAUUUUGCAUUUUGCUAUGAGAUAAGGUUAACUUUUUUUUUUUUAAUUCUAUAUACAUAAUCAUUCCACUGCAUGCUGACUUAAAAACUGCCAUGUUUACAUCCAUCAUUCAGAGAGGAUUUCAGACAAAAUACUCUAUACUAUAUUUUUAAAACCAUGUUACAAGUUUUUCUGCAUAAAGUUGGAUUUAUUAGACCUUCACAUAUCAUAGAAAUCAAUUGAUUAGACAAAAUGUUUAGUUCCCUGCGUGGUAGGUUUAAAAGAGAUGGCAAAUAUGAUGGGAUGAAUCUGAUGAUCUUUUGUUUGUCGUAUUUUUCGUCUUCAAGAUUUUGAUUUUCAUUAAAGGGAAUGUCUGCAUGCUGCACGGAUAGAUGGGGGAUAUUUACAUAUUUUGCUACAUUAACAGAAGAGCUUUUCCACCCGCCUCCUCUUGCAGUGUCAGACAAUCACGUAUGAUGCUUUUUCUAAUCCUGCCUCAGAACAAAAACUUUCAUCAAGGGAACUUAAUGUAAUGGUUUUUCUUUUCUUCCUUUGUUUUCGUCUGUAAAUUGAUUUUAUAAAAUGAAUGAAUGUUUCGUUUUUCUGUGCAUUAAUGUGUUUAAUGUGUUUGCCAGCGGGCUGCAUUUGAUCGAUUGAGGAAAUGGAAAAAAGACAAUCAUCCGGACGCAUUAUAUCAGAUACCAAUGACUCCGUAAGCAUUCAGUUAUGAGUUUUAGCUCUGCUGUCUCAUUUUAGGAUCAUUCGGUUCUACUCAGAGCCUUAUGUUUAAUAAAGUUACAUCAUUUAGAGGUAAGCUGAAUUGUAUUUCCAACAUCUCCGGGGAAAGUCAUAAAGCUGAUACUUAAAGCAGAGGCUGAAAAGAAAUGUGAUCUGUAAAUCGGUCUAGAUGCAGCUUAGCGUCGAUGUGGUGAUAAUGUGAAGAAACCACUGUAGGUUCAGGUGGAAGCUCUGGGUUUGACUCUUCUGCAUUUUAUCCAGGUGCUUUGCUCCGUCGCUCUGGUCCCUCUGUUACGAGUUCAAUGCCAGAAGCACAAGCUGUGGUCGUCACCGAUAAGGUUGUUCAGUCUGAAUCCUCUCCCUCAUUUACUCCCUUUUAGCUUGUUUUUUUUUUUGUUGUUGUUGUUGUUUUGUUUUUUUUUUUCUAUUUUUUCCUCAUCUCUCAUGUUCAUCCAUUGCAACCACAGCUUUUCAUCACGGAGCCAGAUGUGCCUUCUUUGUUAUUUUUAGCUUUUUCGAUUUUCACAUCACUUCUGUGACAGCAGAACAGAUGAAACGGGGAAACUCACACUGACGAUGGGAAUGCUAAAAGAAAAAAAAUACAUGUAAACUGAAAAUGUAUUCAUAUUUUUGUGGGUAUUACUGAGUUUUUUCUUUUUGUGUUUCACAGAUCACUUAUCAUUUUGUAUGCUUUUUGGGAAUCUUACAGUACAUGUUUUACAAUUCACUGUCUUGUCAAAUAAAAUAUAAACAAAAAACCUGAGAUGGUUGUUAUCC